CUAGGAAGAAAAUUUGUAAGUCCGUCAGUCGUACACACAAGCAUUACAUGAGCGACAGAGUAAUCGCCUGCAGUGUUGAGAACGACUUAUUAUAUUCCUGGUUUACUGCUGUUAUCUGUUUCCUCUACAUCUUAAAAGAGUGGGAAAUGAUAUGACAAGCAUCUUCGACUACAAUAUCUGUGAUUGAAAACCCACUCAAUUCUGGAUAAGGCUCCUCCCAUAAUGAGUGCAGAAGUCAUUAUUUCACCUGACAAUGACAUCAAUGAUCUGGGACCUGUGAGAAAGAUGUCAACAAGCUUUUUAGAUGACUUUAGGAAGUGUAUCGCUGGCUUUGACACAAAUGAAAAUGACUUUGUCCCUGAUACAGUUGAAUACCGUGAUAAAACUAGUAAUGGAUGUGUUAGCAUUACAAAGAAUGGUAAGGGGGCAAGUGGACGCCUUGAAUCCAAACUGAAGGACAUGGCAAAAGACAGGGUAAUGUUAAUGGGUGUAACAAAGAAAGACAGCAACGAGUCAUUGGUCGAGGUCAAGAGGUACAACAUUUUGGAUGGGACUGUGACACGCCAUCAAGAAGUAAGAGGCUUGGAAUCUCAGAAAACCAAUUGCGAGGACGUACAUUCCAAUGAAUCUAAUCCAAAUGGAGAUUUCCUCCGAUCCCUUUUAUGUGGGAACAACAAGGGGGAGACUGGUGAAGGUGAAAACGGCUCUCAGGUUUUCUAUCCAUGUAAAGUGUGCAAAAAUAAAUUUAUUUCCAAAUCAAGUUUACGCAAGCAUAUUUGCGCUACCAGAGUAGACGAAAAUGGAGUUGUAGAGGGCGUCGUAAAGAUUGAGAAACAAGAUGGCAAUGAUGAUGUGCCAGAUCAGAUGGAUGUCUAUUAUGAUGAACCAAAGAGCCAUGCAGAUGCUGUACACCAGUAUGCAUCUGCUGCUAAUGAUUCUCAAUUUUCCAUACCACCGCCAAAUGCAUAUAUUGUCGAUGGACAGUUGCAUUUACUACGUGCCAAUGCUAAUCAUGAAAAUGACCAAAUUGAAGACCAAGGGGGAAUCGCAGUUGUGGAUGGUAUUCUUGAACCAGGAGAAAGGCCUUUUACCUGUAAAGUCUGUAACAUGAAUUUUAAGCAUUCCAGUCAUUUGAUGCGUCAUAGAGCAACCCAUACUAACGAGCGUCCAUAUGCUUGUAACGAAUGCCCUGCCGCCUUUCGCAGGAAGUGUCAUCUGAAACGCCACUGGCAACGCAUCCAUAGUGGUGAGAAACCAUUUAAGUGUGGAGUUUGUGGCAAAUCCUUUAGUGAUCGGGAUCAUCAGCGUCAGCAUGAAACCAUCCAUGGACCAGAGACUUAUCCAUGUAUAGCCUGCCGAUAUGUUUACCCUACAGAAAUGCAUCUUGUAAAGCACUUAGCUGAUAAUCCAGACUGUAGGGCGAUUGUCUCAAAAGGCAGUGCUGAUGGAGCACCACGAAGAAAGCGCAGAAAAGAUGGCAACAAACUGACUUCCUACAAAUGUGGAAUGUGUGGAGAGUCUUUUAAGAAACUUCGACAGAUUCAGACACAUCAACGUGUGCGUCAUCAUGACGCAUUUGAAAAGAAAUACAAGUGCAACCUCUGCAAUAAAGGAUUUGAUCUCAUAUCAGAUUUAACACACCAUCGCAAUACGCAUCUUACAAAAGAAGCUAGAGCAAACAACGGUAACCCAAGCACAAGCUCACCAGACGGUACACCUCAGAACAAAGAAAAACUAAUGGAGAUGCUUCAACAACUGGAGAAGCGAAUCCAGCAGCAGCAACAACAAGUAAAGAAAAUUGAAAACCAACAAGAACAAAUUGUACAGGAAGGUUAUCCAGGAAUGGUUUCUCCCCGAGCCAACCAUCCACUCAGUUUUGCCGACAUGCCAAUCAUGUCGGAACGUGAGUUCAGUCAUGUGCAUUAUCUCUUACGUAAAGACUCUCCCAGUCCUCCACCCCCAUUAUAUCAACAGCACAAAGAGUCAAUGGCAGCCAUCUGGAUGAAGCAUCCACGUUUGCGGGAAUAUUUUGCAGAACGUAAUCAAAAGACCCCAGGGCUGAUGCCUUCUCCACCUAACAAUGACUCUUUCAGAGAUAAUGCACCAAAUGGAAAGCGUGAUGGUGAAGGAGAGCCUCAUCCUUUGGCAGAUAAUGAAGAACCAACUGGCAAAAACUGCAUGGUUGGCCUCCUACCAAACAACCGUCAUACAUGCGAUCAGUGUGGGAUCUCGUUUCUUUUGUACUCUGAAUUCCGCAUUCAUCGCAAACGUCAUGAACGUGCGCAGCUAGCCUACUCAAAAUCAUCGAAGGAAGACCAAAGUACAGGCCUGAGUAUGCUGGAGACAAAUCCAAAUGCAGACCGCAGCCUCUGCCGUGAGUGCUGUUCAGAAAAUGGGGACACCAAUCAUCGCCACUGUCAGAUGUUGAAGGCUGAGGGCAACGAUGCCAAUGUUGAUCACAACACAGAACACAGCUCCAAUGAUUCAGUAGUGCAUCCAACGUGUCGGCACUGUGACAUCAUCAUGGUAGAACUUACAAAGGAACGUGAAGUAAAUGCAGGGUUGAAAGCAGAAAUCAAUCAAUUACGGGAAGCUCUCUCACAACUCAUCAAACGUGAAUAAAUGUCAAACCUUCCCCUGGGCAUAAUAUAGUGUUUCAAUGUGCACAGUAUGCAGUAACUCAGCAAUGAUGGAAUAAGAAAUUGGGAAACUGUUGUCUCUAAAAUGGCCAAUAUGGCAGCAGUGAGAAGACACCAGGCAAUUACUAUACAAACCAACAUUGCCAUGGAAACCACUCUGAAACAAACAUUUUGCCCGUUAUUAUCAGCAAUUUUUUUUUUACUUCUUGACUCAAGCAUGGAAUAACAUAGAUUUUAUCUUGAAUAUUAACUCAGUUUUUUCAAAUACAGAUAAUUUUACCAACUCAAUACAAAUGGCAAAUUAAAAAGCAUUUGUAAUGGCUUAAUAUAUUAAAACAGUAUUUAUUAACUCAAGAAGUGAAGCCGCCUCUUGCCCAAUCUACAGUUUAAUUUGAAUUUUGUUUUUAUUAUUGUCUCCAGGUUGUUUGAUGGUUGAAUAAUUUAUUUCUCAUUUCUUAUAAUUAGUUCUUUCCAUUACGUAUGGGACAAUAAUUAUAUUUUCGCCGCCAUAACAGUGUCAUUUUAUUAAUCUUCCCUUUGAUUAUCGUUAUUGUUAAACUGUCACUCACUUUUGGGUAAAUGCGAUUUUUUCAAUUACCAAUAAUGUUUCAUCCAUAUACACUUGUCUAGCACAUUUAUCAUUGCUUCUUUUCCUUUGCCUAUCAUGAAACAAUAAUAUCUUGGAUGUAGAACAAUAUAUAGUAGUAGGACAUCGACUGCAAACAAUGAUUAUUUAAUGAAUUUUCAAUCAUGAAUUUAGAAACUGUUGCUAUUGAGAUACAUACUUCUUGAUGUAGGAGGGAUCAAAUGUGGUCAAGUUGUAGUCAUGUGAGGACCAGUAAUAACCCCAACUUCUUGUCUUUAUAGCGAAUGACAAUAUUUGGAUAUCUGUUACUAGAUUAGUUGUAAAGAUUCACAUAAUGAAAGAUAUGCAUCACCAUUGAUACAUUUCAAAAAAUUAGAGAGUUAAUCAAGGAGAAAAGAUGUUUUUGUCUUACCUAACUAUUGUACAUGUUCAUGUAUUUUGUUCUUUUUGGUGUCUCACACACUACUGGUAAUAAUACUACUGAAGUAAAAUAUCCUCAUUCAUAAAAAAAUAAAAAAUAUAAUUCCUUUCCCUAUACAUUUACUGGCCACAUGAGUAACACCGGAAAAAAUCAGCGUGCAAGUGUUAAUUACUUUCCCCACACAAAUAUUAUCAGUCCAUUUUAAUUAGGUCAUAAAAAUGAGGCUUUUUAUUGAUUUUAUUUCAUUCAACAAUAUUUAAUGAGUGCUGAAAAACCGAUGCUGUCUUUGUUGUAUCCUCCGGAAGAUGAAUCCAGAAAUAAUAUUUUAUUAUUUAAUAUUAUAAUGAAUGUUAAGUGAGAUUUUUAAAAAUACACUAUAUAAUUGUUGUACAUUCCAUAGUCCUUAAAGAAUACAAUUAUCUUUUUGUUGUGGAAUACUGGGGAAUUUAUAUCAAGGUAAAUUAUUUAGAAUAUUGCCUUCAUUAAUAAAAAAUAUUUGGCAGAAUACUCUAUAUCUGAAUGUAGGGUGUAACAUUUUUUCUUUUAUUUUUUUGCUGAGUACACUUAAACUAAUUCUCGUUCUUGUUCAAAAUCACCUGUAUUUAUUUAUGUAAGUUGUCUCAGUCUUCCUGUCGCAUCUACGUUAAUUUGCCCUAGUAUUCAUAGAUAACCAACUAAACAAAAUUCUGUUGAAAUAAUGUGAGGCCAGUCAUGAAAGAAGAAUAAAUAUAUAUAAGAAAUGUCAUUAUGAGUUUAUCUUUUACACAUUUAUUUACUCUGACAAUGUGACGUUAAACUAUAUGUGAAUUUGCCCAAGAGUUACAAGUUUGUGCCAAGGUUGAUUUACACCUAGCUCUUCUGCUAAAUUAGACUCUAAUAUUCCUUUCAUGUUUUCCAAAUGUAUUGUGACUCGUCGAUAAGUGUGUCACAUUUUAUUAAGCAUGUUGGUAGGCCCAGCAGGGCAGUAAAUAAUGGUGCUGAGACUAUAACAUUAAAUGUAAUCUUGAUGAUUUUGAUUAUAAAUAACAUUCUGUAAGAGGUAAAAGUGAAUCCUUUUCAAUGAAUUAGACAAUUUUACAAAAUAUUAGUUUUGUAAAUUAUUUAGAACUUUCUUACUUAAAUUAGCAUUAAUUUCUGGUGGGUUAUUUUAUAACCGUAUUUUUGUAAUGUGUCUAUGUAAUUUAUAGAGAAUUUUUGGGGUUGUGUUCGAUAGUCAUCAACAAAGUUACAUUAUGACCUAGUUAUUGGUAUUGAGCUUUAGGCCGAGUUAAUGGUACGUACACCGCUUGUGUGUACUGAUAUGGUCAUUGAUAUUGUCAGCUUGUAAACUAAACUCUGCAGGAUUUAAAAUAUGAAACAAGGCGAAGACAUACUUGUUAAAUAUGUGUUAAUGCAAAUAUAUCUGAGUGCUUUAAAUAACUACUACCCAAACAGAGAUGUUCCUGUGUCGCUUCCCCAAGGUUCCUUCCCAUUGCCUAUCUCCUUCAUUUGUCUCGACCUGAUUUACUCAGGCUCUCCUCAUCUGGAAUUUUCCCCCAUGGAGCUUGUGUGUAGGGAAUCGCCUGUUCUCAUUAUAACUUGAUUACAAGGAACCGACCUACUUCUCAGACAAAACAGACUGGAUAAGUAAGCCUACUUUUCUUCCUGAGUCAUAUCAAUAGAGGGUGCACUAUACAAAAUUGUGGGGAUAUUCAGAUGACUAAUCAUCUCCAGCUUUGGCACGUCCUCAUUUUUCUCCCCUUUCAUUAAUCUUGAGUACAAACAAGAGAGAUAUAUCUAGUCAGAAAGUUGCUUCAGUGUUUUAUUCCACUCUCGCCACCUAACUAUAUAGAAGUAGUUAAGAUUUUGUAGCAAUGUUAUAAAGUGGGUCGAAGCCGUGUACAGUUUUGUAAUAUAUUAUUUAUGAUAUUUGUAGCCUUUCAAAAGGAAAUUUAUGUUCACACUAAAAUUGAAAGUACUAUGGUGUGUUUUGGAAUAUAUAAAAAUGGUGAUGAUAUAUUUAAUUUUUGUGUACCGUAAGUUAUUUUGUAAAAAAACCAUAUUCAUAAUACUAAUAGUUGUUGUUUAAACUCUUUAUUUGUUGGUCCAUGUUUUUUCUGUAAUAUAUCACAGUUUAAAUGGUUGAGUUCCACUCAAUAUGCCUCGUUUAAGGACACAAAGGGAAACUGCGUGUAGGAUUGUCGAUGUGAAAUGUUUAGACUAAACAUAAGGAAAAGUGUCAGGGUAUUGUUGUGAGCAUCAUAAUUCUAUACAGUGUAACCUUCGUUUUGUUAAAUAUGCAAUGUGAUUUUUUUUGUGUGCUUUUGAAUAUUGGAGGGGUUGGAAUCUUCUAUUAUAGACAUGCUUUCAUAAAAUAGUGUGUCUAGCCUUUUAUGGUUGUGUUCAAAAGAGAAAAAUUAUUGAACAAUAAACUUCUUAUUUGGGGGAAGGUACUGUGACCACAUAGUAAUGGUAAUGGUAGGAUAUUUGUAGAGGGCCUUCCAUAAUGAAAUCGUCUGAAGGCGCUGACAGUAGUCAGACCAUAAAUCAAAUUAAAAAAAAAAAAACAUUUAAAAAAUUAAUAGUUAUUAAAUAUGAACAUGUUUGUUGGAUCCCACAAUUAUAUUGCUAUGGAAAUAAUAUUUUUUGCCAUUUAUUAUUCUUUGUGAUGUCAUGUAAGCUGGGGGUCUGUUAAUACAAAAUAAGUUACCACACGAAGGAUAAAAAAUAUUAUAGUAUAUUUACAAUGGUAAUAUAAUCUAUUCAGUUUGUAACCUAGAAUUGAUCGAUGUGCAAUGUCAAAGGUUUUUACUAUGGACUGCCAUCUUUAUUUUUUCCAUCUGGAAUUCAUACAAAAUCAGAAAUAUUUUGAAUUGGGAGACUAUUUGACUAAGUGUAUUUAUAUAUGUAUAACAAAUAAAGAAUCUGAAACAUAUUUGGAAUCUUAUAAAUAGAUUUCAAAUUAUUGAACCUUUUUUCAGUGGUCUACCAACAUGACUGAUCAUUGACCAAAAUGCUUUUUAAAAUUAAUAACAAUUGACUAGAAAUUUGAAUUUUUAAAGCUUUCUUACGAUUAAUACAUUGUUACUUGUUAUGCAAGCUGUACAUGCUAUCAGAAAACAAUGAUGAAAAAUGGGCAAAAGAAGAAAAUGCAAAAACCUGUAUCUGAACCACUUUGACAUAAUUUACAUAUACAAAUAUUAUUUUUUUUUAUUUUUUAAGAGAACAUAUUUUAGUUGAGUUAUUUAUUGUAAAAUUGCUUGCCAAAUAUGUUAAUAGUGUCACUAAAGGUUGUUACUGUGGCUACCAUUUCAGAGAAUUUGUAUAAAGAAAAUUUUGUUGCAUUGUAAAGAAACCCAACUCUGUUUCUGCGUAGUCUUCCCAGUAUGGUAGGCAUAGGUUGUGGAAUGCAGGACCUGUUAAGUGUCCGUAGCAAAAUAUUUGAUCAGAUUGUCAAAAGUAAGCAGUGUUGCUUUAGUUGAAAAGAAAGAUAUUUAUCAAAGAGUUACGAAUACCAAAUUUGUAGUUAAUAGCACAUUAUUAAUAACAGAUCAGACAGUUAUUAGAUGUCUGAAAGGUAUAUGUAGGAAUGUUUAUAUGUAUUAAUGUUAUAUUGUGUAGUGUAGGUAUCUUUAGCAUCAUUCCACACAAAAUCAGGUAUAUGGGAGAGGCACGAUACCUUUUGACAACUUUUUCUUUUAAUUGCUCUUUCAGGAGUUGAUAUGUAUCAAGUUCUGUACAAACAUUUUAAAGCAUGUUUUAGUAAAUACUAGAAGGACGAAAAGUAUCUGUGGAAAGUAUGUUAUAGUUACGCCCUCUAGUGUUCAGAUCAAUAAAAGCUACAUGCUAGACUAUGUUA